UGCCCGCAAUUGACGAACUUCGAUUUUCCCGGUAGGAGCCCUGUCCCUUAUAUCUAUCUCCUUGUUAAAUUUCAUCUAAAGUGGUUCAACGGUUUAAGCGUGAAGAGGUAACGGACAAACAGACCGAGUUAAUUUCGCAUUUAUAAUAUUAUCGACGGAAGAUAUCUGCUAAUGACAUUCCUAGAUUAAUUACAUUUUGGAUCGCGAUAAUGAGGAAACCUAAGACUAAUAAAGUAAUAAACAUGCACUUACCUACUUAAGGUGAAUGAUUUAAUUAACUAACGACAGUGUCCAGCGUAUAUAAAAGGGUUUUGUUUCAUAUUUAAUAGUUCAAACGAAAGUUCGGACGGUUGGACAAACUUGUCAGUCUUGUCUUGAUAUUGGAUAGAAAAACUGGCAUCUAAAUUCAAUGGAUAGCAAAUAAUAAAAAUACAUCGUGCAUUGUCUUUGAUCAAGCUUGUCAGUUUGAAGUUGACUGUUCGUUACGGAUUUGGAGGGAAAAAGUGCUCUCAGUUAUAAUUAUUUUAUAUUAUAUUACCUCUAAAUUAAUGCCUGGUGUCUGAUAAGUGUUCUUCUUUAAUAUAUGAUGUCUCAAACUACGCUUACCGCGUUCUACAACAGCAGAAAAAGACCUGCAGCGGAAGACAUCGCAUCAUCAAAACGCAAGAUCCCACAUAUAGAACGCGUCCUGGAAAGUGAAUUAAAAUCUAAACCAAGAAAUAUUUUACAAAAAAAAUGUGAAACUACUGUCAAAGAUGGAAUAAGCCCUUCAGAAAGUAUCACCCAGACACAGAAACAUGACUCUCUAGCUACCAAGCUUUUGUCUCCAGUUCUUGAGCUUGGACAGACAAGUGCUGGUGAAGCAUUUGCCAGUAAAGUUAAUGCUUCUAAUAUUACUAAAACCACUCAACCCUCCAAAUCAGAAUUAGUGACUUCGGCUCGUAAGGAGCUCAGUUUAGGGGAUAUCAGAAAAAAAUUGGCCAGCAGUUCCAGGUUGGCAGAAUUGAAAGCAUCUGCUGAAAGGCUAAGCAAGGGCAUCCAGCAGCUAAAGGAUGGCAGCGAAAAGCAAGGCAAACUCAAAGAAUUCAAAUCCAUUGAUGUGGAAGUACCAUCAAGUCCAAGCAAAAGAGCAAACAAGAUUCAAAAUGAGUUGAUGUCUCCAAAGAAAGAAGUGCUACCUGGUGCUGUACAACAAAGGCCUUUCAUAUCACCUCGGAAGGUGGUAGUCAGUCCCGUGAAGAGCCCAAGCAAGGUUCCAGCAUACAUCAGACAUGCUGCUCUUGCCAGCAGCUCCGCCAGCCUGCCACUCCCGCACCACUACCGGUUCCUUGCUGAGCUGUUCCGAGGUAUGGAGACUGUUGUGUCCCUCCUUUAUAACAGAAACGAAAAAAUAACUUUCGCUAAAUUAAAGCCGUCUGUACAAGACAUGCUCAAACGUAACUUUACUGAGAAACAUCUCGCUCAAAUUAAGCACUUAGUACCUGACUUCUACAACUUUGAGGUGCAAAAGAUCAAAAAUUUUACCACUUCAUCACAGAAAGAGGCUUUUGAAUUGAUCAUAUCCCCUAAUUUUCCCAAUGAUAUUAAGAUAAUGAACCCAAGUGUCCUUCUAGAAAGACGUAGAUACUUCUUUGAUACCUUGCUCCAAGUAGUGAAGAAACAUCAUGCUCAAUACUUAUUGAACCUUGAUCCCCCUAUGGUGAUCCCUGACAACAAGCUCACUCGCUGGCAUCCUGAAUUUGAAAUUGAGAAGGUACCAGAAAUUGAAAGUGCCAAGCUUCCUGAAAUGCCUAAUGCUGAAAAGUUCUCAACUGCUCAGGAUGUUCUGUCUAAAGCUAGAGAAUUAUUCAAAUGUAACACAAAGAUGGAAAGAGCUUUAGAAAAACUGGCUCAAGCUAAAGCCAGGGGUCUUACUGAUCAGGAAAAGGCUGCCACUGGCAUCAAGGACCAACCCACACAGAAUGCGAGCACUCAGGCCAGCCAGCCAUCAACUAGUGGAGUUACCAUACUGAAUCCUGCAUUAAGGAAUCUACCUGCAUCAUUGCUUGAAAAAGUUAAAGCUAAGCAAGCGGCAAAAGCUUUGGAAGCCAUGACCAGGUCAUCAGAGCAUGAGCAGAACUAUCUCAUCUACAGUCGCCUGCCGGACUUAGCUAGAACCUUGAGAAACAUAUUUGUCACAGAGAGAAAGAAUGUGUUAGCUCUUAACAUAAUACUUUCUAAAUUGGACAGCAGUUUCAAAAGCAAGGUGUCCAGUAAUGAUUUGCAAAGAGACAUAAAAGUACUCACUGAGCAGGUUCCAGAUUGGAUUAAGUUACAUGACAUCAGAAACACAACGUAUUUAAAGUUGGACAGAAAUGCUGAGCUAAAGAACAUCACCUCCAAACUGGAAGCGUUGGCAGAUAAGUAUAAAAGUGAUUAGUUAUAAAUAUUUAUUUGACAUAGGAAUAGAUCCUUGAGACUGUUAAGUAAGCGAAUGUAUUGUUAAGUAUGACAUUCUACUUUAUUUUUAAGAGAUCAUCUAUUCAACUUUUAGCAAAAUUUAUAGUAUUCAAUAGUUCAAGUUCUUAAAAACUAUAUUAAUAUACGUUUUAUAUCCUAUCCUACAUCAUAACUUGGUAUGUUAUAAUUUAAUUUGACAUUUUGGUUUCACACAAAUAGAAAUACUUACUUGACAUCGUAAACUUAGAUUUGGUACAUAACAGUAAAAUAAUUUUUGACAUAAUAAAUCAUUGGACAUAGCUUUAUCUUUAUUUUUGUUUUGUUUAUAAUGAUUUUAUCAAACGCCUACUUAUCAUGAAAUAGAAAUUGAGGUGUCACAUAAAUACACUGUCACCUAAAACUAGUAAAUAACAAAAAUAUAUAUUUGAUACUAUUUUUGACAUAGGUUAAACAUUGGACAUAUUUUCUGUAUUAUUGUGUAUUUUAUGAUGUAUGUAUUACUUUCGAUCCUGAAAGAAGUUGCAAUGUAGUUUUCAAUCGUAGCCCUAAGUUUUUUAGUGAUUACUCUUACUUUUUUCUUACUGUGUGGUAUGUUGUUUUACAAUUAAUAAAAACAUAAUGAUCUUA